GCCAAGCGUGGUCAUACUGAAACUGGCACCCGAAGAGUUCGCACACGACCUAACUAACAGAGAAUACGGUGGAAAAGCAGAUUACCCAUAUAACGUAUCGUCGAUAUAUAUAAUACGGUUCGGCUUAAUAAUUUAACAAGAAAAAUCAUCAUAAUAAUACAAAGUUAAUUAAUAAUAAAGUGUUUUAAUAGUGUGAUUAAAUAUUUAUAAUAUAAUUAUUGUUUUAUAUAUUAAAAUAAUAAUAUAUUUGUGUGUUAAAAUAAUAUAUAUAAUUAUAUUGAAAAAAAUAUAUAUUAUUUCAUCAUAAUUUUUUGAAGCUUCGAGAAAAGGUGCUUAUAAUAACUGUCGAGAUGGCGUUUAUGAUGCCCGUUGUGAAAAAUGAGUGGGAUAUUUAUAAAACAAAUCGGAGUAGACGUUCAUCUGAGUGUUCAAAUCCACAAUCAUGUAGAAGCCGAAAGGUUUCUGAAUGUUCCAAAUCUGAGGGACCAUCAUUAUCAACAUCACCUGGUUCUGAUUAUUUAACAUCACCAGCUCAUCGUUCAGUACCAAUGUCAUCACGUCAUUUUUCAAGAACAUCAUCAAGAACAUCACAAAAUUCAUUACAAAGCCCAAGUAAAAGUACUGGUUCAUCACCACCUAAAACUGGAAGUUCAAGUUCAUUGAAUAAAUUUCAUAAUCGUCUUGUUGAUAAAUUAAAAAGAUCAUUAAGAAAAGCUGAUGAUAGUUCUGAUGAUCAACGUAAUUUAUCGUGAGAUAAUAAUGGGGUUAAGAGCCGUCCACCAGUUUGUGGAGGUUCAAAACCAAUUGAUAUACGACGCACCUCGACACCAUCAACACCCUCAAUAAAUGCACAGGCACCUGGGUCAAGAUCGUGUCCAGAUAAAUUUGCGGCAUGGUUAAUACAACAUGAAAAAUAAUAAUUAUAAAAAAAUUUAUAUAACAACAACAACAACAACAGUAUAUUUGACAUCAUCAAAAGUAAAAUAAUGAUUUAAAAAGAAGAAGAACAACAAGAUGAAGAAUCAUUCAAGUUAUUGAUAAUUAAAAAAUUUCAUAUGAAGAAUUUGUAUGUAUUAUAUGCAACUGCAAUAAACCAGAUUGCAGAGGAUUAAUUAUGAUUUAUAAAUAUCAACAAUAAUAAUUCAUAUGACAACAUUAGUGAUAUAAUGAGGGCUUGAUUAAUUUCGAGGUCAGUACACGAAUAUUUUCGUGAUUAAUAAUAAUUAUUAACUAAGUAUUUCUCCCACGCUCGAGAUAAUCACAGAGUUUCGAUUGGUAUUUUAUCCCUUAAAACGAAAAUUUAUUUUAUUUUUUUUCAUUCUUUUUUUUUGUGUCCAUCACCACUUCCUCUUCCUUGUCGUUUAUCAACAUGUAUUUAAAUCUACUUUUUUUCAUUAUUAACUAUAGAGAAAUUUCGUGGGAUUUAUACAUAAAAUUAUAAUUCAUAAAAUAAUUAUAUUACUAAUGAUAAAUUAUUGAUGAAGAGGGAGUGAAAGAAUGAAAUUAAGAUAUUUAACUAUUGCGACUUAGUGGAGCCUUAGGUAAAAAAAAAAAAAAUGUAAGAAAUAAUAAUAAUAUUGAUAAAAGACUAAUUAAAUAAAAUUCAUAUUAAUAUGAUAAUACUUUUUAAUUGUUAUAGCGUCAUUGGUAUUUGUGAGGCAAUACUUGUGGCACUUGUGUAUUAAUUUAUAUCUGUUAUCUAAAUAGCAUGUUUAGCAUUUGCGAUUGUGGUAGGUAGGGGGCGGAUAUAUAAAAGAUAAUAAAUAAGAAUAAAACAUAAUUAUAUUAUUAUUUUUUAAAUUUAUUUAUUUUCUUUUUUUUUUAAUAAUUUAAUUAAAAAACAUUGAUAAUAAUAAUAACUUAAGCGUAAUUUCGCUAGUCAUUUUUCGUUUUCAAGUCGUCAUUUAUUUGUAUAUUUUUAUAUAAAUAAUUUAGAAAAAAAAAAAACAAAUUGAUCUGAUAUAAAAGUUUGCCAAAAAAUAAGAACAAAAAUAAAAGUAGAAAAAAAAAUAAUUAUAUGAGCUUUUAACACGUGAAGUCAACGUGUUUGGCAAUGAAGUUUUAAAACAAAAAAAAAAUUAUUCAUUUUUGGCAAGUGUAAUAACCCUCUCGCAAUUGCGCAUCCCGUAUACAGUGGUUUUAUUUAUUAAUAUUUUUUUUUUUAUUGGUUUAUUUAUUUUGUUGGCUCCUGAGUCUCAUUAUUAAUGACUAAAUAACACUAACAUCAUCAGUGUGAUGAAAUAUUUAUUUUGGCUUAUUUUUUUAAAUACUACAAAGUUUUUUUUUAUAUAUUUGAUAUUGCUCAAAAAACAACUUGAUUCGUUGCCUCAAUAUUUUUAUUUAUUUCAUUCUAUUUAAAAAAAGAAAAUUAAUAAUUCAUUGAUGGUGUUUAUUGUUUAUCAGCUUCCAUCAAAUAAUUUAUUUUUCGAUUUAAAUUAAUAUCAUUUGUUGCGGUAAAUUAACCGGGAGCAACUAAAUGAUACUGUGUGUAACUCUGUGAUACAAGUAAGCUAUAAGAUAUAGAUUUAUUUUACAUCGAUGGGAGAAACGAAAUACUAAAAAAAAAAAUAAAAAACCCGAUAUUUAUUAUAAUAAUUAAAAAUAAAUAAACAGAGAAUUUAUACAAUAAAAUAAUUUGUUUAAGAGACUUUGAUCUUUGUAAUUGAAUUAUUUUUAAGUAUGAAUGAAAAAAAAAUUAAUAAUUAUAUAAAUUAUAAUAAUAAAACAGAAUGAAAUUAAUAUUUUUAUUUUUUUCUGUUAUCAACAGCAGCAACUUCUUUCUUGGAAUUGAGCUGAAUGAGCGAUUAAGACAUUUAAAUUAUUUCAAAAUCACAAUCGGAAUUUAUUAAGCUCACAAUAACAAAAAUUAAAAAAAAAUUAUAAUAAUCUUCAUAUUUAAAUUAUAUAAAAAAAAUAUCAGUUAACUCAAUAAAAUCUUGUCGCCUACAUGUCUUGCAUUUCAAUAUAAAAAUAAUUUAAUUAUAUGAAUGAGUUGUGAGUAUAAUUGACUAUUGAAAUGUUUUUGGAAAUAUUAAUUUUAUAUAUCCAAAAACUGCCGCUUUACCGUAAGACUGCUUAAACGAUGAAAAUAAUUAUAUUAAAUAAAGUUUAAAGAAAAAUAAAACAUUGAUAAAAAAAACGAUGAUGAAUUAAAUUGAUUGGUGCUCGAUGAUAGAUAGUUAAAUAAACGUUUUUUACUUAUUACAAAAAUUAAUUAAACAUAAAGAAAGAAAAAGCUUUAUUUUCAUUGAAAGUUUUUUUUUUUUCAUUAGUUCUAAUAAUUUUUCGUAAUAAUUAAUAUUCGUUUAUUUAGUUUAUUUAACCUGAACUGACAGUGAAUUGGCGUUAUUAUAAAUAUAGAAAUUAAAAGAUAUUGGCGAGAUAAUAAUUUAUUUAUUUUAGCGAUCUUGAGCCUUGAUAAUAAACUAAUAAUUUUUCAUCAUAUAAAUAUGUAUUUAUUAUAUCAAAUUACAUAAUUAAUAAAAUAUAUAUCAAUUUUUCAAAAUAUAAUCAGCUCUAUGCUAAUUUAAAAAUUAAUUCAACAAAAUUUAUUAUUACUAUAAUAAAAAAAAAAAAUGGAGUAAUAUUUUUUAUUUCACGGCACAGGAUCGCCAAGUUAUGAAAUUCAAUUUAUUAAAAAGAUCCGAAUAUAUUUUGUAUUAUUACUAUAUUAAUAAUAAAAAUAAAAAAUUAAAAAAAAAAUCAUUAGUAUAUAGAUUUAAGUAUUUAGCAGAAGAGAAAAAAAAAAUAAAAGUAAUAAGCAUGUUAUUUUUUGGGAUUUCCAAGUUGAAUUUUAAAGCGGUGGUUGAUUAGAUACGUAAAAUGAUCAAAUUAAUAAUUAAUAUUAUUAUUAAUUUUAUCUAUUUACACGUUGUCUUUUUAAUCAUGGCCAUUAGUAUCACUGCCGAAAGCCCAGGGAUUAAAUAAAAAUAUAAAAACACAAUAAUCGAACCGCUAAAAAGACUUGUUUUUUUUUUUCUUUUUUAAAUAUUAGUUUUGUUUUUGUUGAAAUAUUGCAAUAUGCCAAUUUUUUUUAAAUUAUCAUCUCGUUUUUAUUUAUAUGUAUAUCAUUUAGAAAUUCUUCACUUAGAAAAAAAAAAUGCCUGUAUUUGAUAAAGAAAUAUUUGUCA